AGGUGACGCUGGCUGAGGACUUCAUGACCAUUGAGAUACCCAUGAAAAGUCCGAGGGCUUUGUCACCACAGAGAACCCAACGACACAGUGAGAACGAGGACUUUGCUAUUGCAGAGAACCCAAUGAAACAGUGAAAAACAAGGACUUUGUCACCACAGAGAACCCAAUGAAACAGUGAAAACUGAGGACUGCGUAAUGAGAUCCCAAUGAAAAACUAAAAAAUGAGGACUUCAUUAUGAGAUCCCAGUGAAACAGUGAGAACUGAGGAACUUCAUCAUGAGAUCCCAAUGAAAAAUUGAAAAAAUUGGAACCACAGAGGUCCCAAUGAAACAGUGAAAAACAAGGACUUUGUGACCACAGAGAACCCAACGACACAGUGAGAACUGAAGACUUCAUCAUGAGAUCCCAAUGAAAGAUUGAAAAAAGGACUUUGUCACCACAGAGAACCCAAUGAAACAGUGAGAACGAGGACUUUGUUAUUACAGAGAACCCAAUGAAACAGCGAGAACUGAAGACUUCAUCAUGAGAUCCCAAUGAAACAGUUUAAAACUGUUUAAAACAGAUUUCAUCAUGAGAUCCCAAUGAAAAAUUGAAAAAAAAGGACUUUGUGACCACGGAGGUCCCAAUGACACAGUGAGAACGAGGACUUUGUUAUUGCAGAGAACCCAAUGAAACAGCGAAAACGAAGACUUUGUGACCACAGAGAACCCAAUGAAACAGUGAGAACGAGGGUGAAACAGUGAGAACGAGGACUUUGUGAUCACAGAUAACCCAAUGACACAGUGAGCACAAGGACUUUGUUAUUACAGAGAACCCAGUGAAACAGUGAGAACUGAGGAACUUCAUCAUGAGAUCCCAAUGAAAAUUUGAAAAAAAAGGACUUUGUGACCACAGAGAUCUCAAUGAAACAGUGAGAAUGAAGACUUCAUCAUGAGAUCCCAAUGAAAGACAAAAACGAGGACUUUAUAAUGAGAUCCCAAUUAAACAGUUUAAAACAAUCCCAAUUAAACAGUUUAAAACAAGGAGUUCAUCAUGAGAUCCCAAUGAAACUGAGAACUGAGGAACUUCAUAAUGAGAUCCCAAUUAAACAGUUUAAAACAAUCCCAAUUAAACAGUUUAAAACAAGGACUUCAUUAUGAGAUCCCAAUGAAAAAUUGAAAAAAAAAGACUUUGUGACCACAGAGGUCCCAAUGAAACAGUGAAAACUGAGGAACUUCAUCAUGAGAUCCCAAUGAAAAACUGAAAAAUGAGGACUUCAUCGUGAGAUCCCAGUGAAACAGUGAGAACUGAGGAACUUCAUCGUGAGAUCCCAAUGAAAAACUGAAAAAUGAGGACUUCAUUAUGAGAUCCCAAUUAAGCAGUUUAAAACGAUCCCAAUUAAACAGUUUAAAACAAGGGGUUCAUCAUGAGAUCCCAAUGAAAAAUUGAAAAAAAAGGAGUUUGUGACCACAGAGGUCCCAAUGAAACAGUGAGAACGAGGACUUUGCUAUUACAGAGAACCCAAUGAAACAGUGAGAACGAAGACUUUGGUUUUACAGGGAACCCAGUGAAACAGUGAGAACUGAAGACUUCAUCAUGAGAUCCCAAUGAAAAUUUGAAAAAAAAAGGACUUUGUGACCACAGAGAUCUCAAUGAAACAGUGAGAACGAGGACUUUGUUAUUGCAGAGAACCCAAUGAAACAGCGAAAACGAAGACUUUGUCACCACAGAGAACCCAACGACACAGUGAGAACGAGGACUUUGUCACCACAGAGAUCCCAGUGAAACAGUGAGAACUGAGGAACUUCAUCAUGAGAUCCCAAUGAAACAGUUUAAAACACGGACUUCAUCAUGAGAUCCCGAUGAAAAAUUGAAAAAAAAGGACUUUGUGACCACAGAGGUCCCAAUGAAACAGUGAGAACGAGGACUUCAUCAUGAGAUCCCAAUGAAAGACAAAAACGAGGACUUCAUAAUGAGAUCCCAAUUAAACAGUUUAAAACAAUCCCAAUUAAACAGUUUAAAACAAGGACUUCAUCAAGAGAUCCCAAUGAAAAACAAAAACGAGGACUUCAUCAUGAGAUCCCAGUGAAACAGUUUAAAACAAUCCCAAUUAAACAGUUUAAAACAAGGACUUCAUCAUGAGAUCCCAAUGAAAAAUUGAAAAACGAGGACCUCAUGACCACAGAGAUCUCAAUGAAAAAGUGAAAACCCAGGACUUCAUGACAAGAUCCCAAUUAAAAAAUAUUUUGUCUCAUAGAUUCAUGCGACAAUGUAACUUUUUUAGUUCAUUGCAACACACAAACUUACAGCGCCGUAAUUUAAAUUUCUUGAUUACUUUUAUAACUAUUUUUAUCUGCAUUUUAACUUUUAAAAGCCUGAAGUUUCCUUUACUUAGCUUAACGUGUGUCUGCUUUAAACCACACAUCCACAUUCUCACUUCUGAGUUGAGUGAGUUUCUAAAUUUAAGUUCUAAACACCGUGUCUGGAAUGCCAGUGCAAUUCCAAUGCCAUUUAUUCCACAGGGAAAGCCCAGGGAGGGGAUGCUCCUUUCAGGAGAGCUGCAGGCUGCGGGUCUGCACUCAAGGCCAGGUCGUUGAUUGCUGUGGAUUCAAACACGGAUUGCUCUUGGGCACAUCACACACCCAGCUCUGGGUUAUGCAGAACUGCUGCACUUUCCAUUUUCGGUGUAUUUUGGAGUUUCAGAACAAAUUACAGCUGCCUCUUUUCUAUCAGACCCCUGUGUCUGGAAUACCAGUGCAAUUCCAAUGCCAUUUAUUCCACAGGGAGGGGAUGCUCCUUUCCCUGACCAGGAGAGCUGCAGGCUCUGGGUCUGCACUCAAGGCCAGGUCACUGCUGUGGAUUCAAACACGGAUUGCUCUUGGCCAUGUCAAUGAGUCGAGAACACCCAGCUCUGGGUUAUGCAGAGCUGCUGCACUUUCCAUUUUCGGUGUAUUUUGGCGUUUCAGAGCAAAUUACAGCCGCCUCUUUUCUAUCAGACCCUGUAUCUGGAAUACCAGUGCAAUUCCAAUGCCAUUUAUUCCACAGGGAGAGCCCAGGGAGGGGAUGCUCCUUUCAGGAGAGCUGCAGGCUCUGGGUCUGCACUCAAGGCCAGGUCACUGCUGUGGAUCCAAACACGGAUUGCUCUUGGCCAUGUCAAUGAGUCGAGCACACCCAGCUCUGGGUUAUGCAGAACUGCUGCACUUUCCAUUUAUAGUGUAUUUUAGCGGUUUAGAACAAAUUACAGCUUCCUCUUUUCUAUCAGACCCCUGUGUCUGGAAUACCAGUGCAAUUCCAAUGCCAUUUAUUCCACAGGGAGAGCCCAGGGAGGGGAAUGCUCCUUUCCCUGACCAGGAGAGCUGCAGGCUCUGGGUCUGCACUCAAGGCCAGGUCAUUGCUGUGGAUUCAAACACGGAUUGCUCUUGGGCACAUCACACACCCAGCGCUGGGUUAUGCAGAGCUGCUGCACUUUCCAUUUAUAGUGUAUUUUGGAGUUUCAGAACAAAUUACAGCUGCUUCUUUUCUAUCAGACCCCUGUGUCCUGGCUUAGCCUGCUCCCCUCUCCUCAAAGCCUGGGUACAAAUCACCCGGUGAUCCUGACUGCUAAUGAAACCUGGAUUAAAUUAGCGUGCCGCUCAGUUGUCAGUGUUCUCAGUGGGUUUAUCUCCCUGUGGGAUCUCAGCACCUCAGGACUGA